GCAUGGCCUUCGUUUGUUGCCACAUCAAAUUUUUACUGUGCAUUUAAUAACAAUAGAAAGAAAUUUAUCUCUCCCAACCCUGAUCUUAAUGAUUGAUGAAUUUCCUAAUCACAUUUGGUAUUUAAACACACAGUGAUGAACAAUACAGUUAAUAGUAGAAACAGUUUGAGUAACCAAAGUUUACAAGCUGCAGCCCAAGCUGCUGCCCAAAUCAAUGCCCAACUAGCUGCAGAAGGUAAAAUUCAACCUCAGCCACAGCAGAACUUGCAAGCCAACAAUGGUGCUCAGAAGAAAGACAAAAAACUUAAAACAGGGAGAAAGGAUCUUUUCAAUGCCGAAGUUGAAAUCAACAACCUGCCUCCUAGAGUAAGAAAUCUGCUGACCAAAGGAUAUAUUCAAGAACAAAUUCAAUGGAAAUCAAAAGCUGCUUUGUGUACUAAGGGGCGCUAUGUUUCUCAACGAGAGAAACUCACGGCAAAUGAUGAAAGACCACUAUAUAUUUGCAUCCAAGCAGUUGACAAACAUGCUGUAGAUGAAGCUAUUCAUCAUAUCCAAGAUUUCAUUGCUGAGCACACAGGAUCUAGUCCAACACCUCCUGUAAUCUCUCCAACUCUUGUCCCUAACCAUCCUCCUCCUCAAGUGACUCUUAUAAGAGAUAAAGUUUAUAUUAAUCUUGAUCAUGCACCUGAAACAUUCAAGAUUGUUGAAAGAGUGCUUGGUCCUUCUGGUGACAAUGUCAACUACAUUCAAACAGAGACUGGUGUAAGUGUAUCUUUGCAAGGUCAGGGAAUUAGUUCAUCAAAUGCAAGUGAUGAACCACAUCAUUUAUUACUAGAGCAUAUUGAACCGUCAGCAGUUCAAAACGCCCGAUCAUUGGCGCUUAGUUUAGUUGGAACUCUCCAACAAGACUUCAUUCAGUGGCAAAGAGAACAACAAGCAUUACAACAACAGCAACUAGUUUACACCUUCUCUCAACCAUACUAUAGCGGGUCAUCAACUGCUAGUGGAAAUUUCACCUAUCCUGCCGUUGCCAUGGUUUACGGCAUGGAGAAUGGUUUGACACAGACUGCAGCUGUGAGAGAGCCACAGUCAGUACAAACCCACCAACACACGAGAGGCUUGCCGGGCAAGAGGCCCUCGCGGUUCGAUUAUCAACAAUCUACAGGUGUGUUUCCAGUCCGAGAAACUGCAAGGACAUCUUUUCACCCACAUAGGAUGACUGCGGACUUUUUAGACAUUCAAAGGACGUGAUUGUGUCUCCCAACACUGGCUAAUAUGUGAAAACUUUGACUUUGCAGGUCUUGAGAUAGCAGUUACCGGCGAGUCAGAGACCAAACGACUGAAAAUUACCCAUCUCCCCUACUCUUGAUCGUUCGAUUCAUUACGCUAGUGUUUUCUUUUCAUGUGGUUGACCAGUAUUGGGAUUCGUGAGCUAUGAUUCAUUUUCGUUGCUCAAUCGAUAUGCUUAUCUUGUUUCACUGGUUCCUAUUAAUACAGCCAGGUGUCUUGUUUGGAGAUUUCAAA